ACUGUAAUUGCCGAACGUCCAAAAAUUUUUCUACUUCAUUGACUGAAUUAUUAAACUAAAAAUUCGUGUAUUAUAAUUAAUAGAUUCAAGUAUGGCUGGAAGUCGUUUGGAAAAACUAGGAACCAUAUUUACGAGGGUUAACGGGCUCAUAAAGUCCGGUGCAAUGAAAAUUGAUGAUCGACCCAUUUGGUACGAUGUGUACCGGGCGUUUCCACCUGAAUCGGAGCCACAUUAUGCAAAGCCGUCUCAAUCGAUUAAAAUACCAGACAUAUAUUACCCGGAGGAUGUAUUCAGAGCUAAGUUUCACAAAGAGACUCGUGGCCAAUUGCCAGCUAUAAAUUUGCAAGAGACCCAACAAAAUCAAAAUGCCACAAGCCUAGCUGUAAACAUGGUAGUAGCUGAUCCAUCACUGUCUGUAAAUCAAGUAAUUGAUACUCUGAAAAAAAAUAAUGUUUUGCAAGUUUACAAAACUACAUCCAAAAGAGUCGAACCCACAACAAUAAAUGAUAGUACAAAUAAAUCUGAUUUUAAUGAAACCAAUGUUCAUACAAAAGAAACAAAUGUUCACAGUAGUUAGUAUUUUUAUUGAUUUGGUUAAUAAUUAUUAGAAUUUUGAAUAUAUUAAUUAAUUCAUCUAUUUAACAUGUCUCUUAUUUUUUCUAAUGUUAAAAUAAGAAAUAUAUAUAAUAUUUUAUCAUUUGAUAUAAAAUUAGUUUAAUUUUACUAUUUGUGUCAGUGUAUACUCUGUGCAAAUUUGAAAUAUUAUUCUAAGUUCUAAAUAUAUGAUUUGAAUUAAAUAAAA